UCCGUGCUUAAUUGUAACCUUGCUGUGGGUGGGUGUGAGUGAGACUCACUCCGUACGUUGGGAGAAGAAGCAUUCGACGACGACGACGACGACCCUAUUCCUCCGCCGUGAUCGAUCGAUCGAGGAGACGCGUGUGUGAAUAUCAUCAGUCGAGGGUUUAAAUGGGGCGCGCGCCGUGCUGCGACAAGGAGAGGGUGAAGCGGGGGCCGUGGGCGCCGGAGGAGGACGAGCAGCUGCGGAACUACGUCCGGGCACACGGCAUCGGCGGCAACUGGAUCGCCCUCCCGCAGAAAGCAGGUCUGAACCGCUGCGGCAAGAGCUGCCGCCUCCGGUGGCUCAACUACCUGCGGCCGGACAUCAGGCACGGCGGCUACACCGACCACGAGGACCGCGUCAUCUGCUCCCUCUACGCCUCCAUCGGCAGCCGCUGGUCCAUCAUCGCCUCCAAGCUCCCAGGCCGCACCGACAACGACGUCAAGAACUACUGGAACACCAAGCUCAAGAAGAAGGCCAUGCGUCAACAGUACCACGGCGGCGACGGAGUCACCCCCGGAGCCUUCUCCGCGCCCGGCGCUGCUGCUCUAUCGUCCUGGAGCCAGGCCCAAUGCACGCCAGCGCACUCAUCCCUCUCGCCGUCCGCGUCCGCCUCCUCCUCCGUGGACACCAGCUCCUCAAGCGGGGACAUGUGCUUCCCAGCCGCCGCCGCCGCCAUGUACCAGCCACCGCAGCAGCCCAUGCAGAGGAUGGUACGCUUGGACACGCCUCCGCCGCCGCACACGGAGCUCGCACCCGUGCCGACCGCGGCCACUGCCACGAUGCUCGACGACGAGUUCCUCGCCGAUCUCGGCGCCUACGGUGACCUGCUGUUCGGCGGGCUGAUGCAGGAUGACAAGGCUGCCGUUGCCGGCUUGGAACUCUCGGCGGCGGCGUGCUACUUCCCCAACAUGGCGGAGAUGAUGUGGGCCGCCGAUCACGCCCACGCCAAGCCGCCGCAGCUGGGCGCCCUCUGCAAUACCUUCACGUAGGAUUCGUGACACUGACAAGAAUGAUCCACCUGAUUCAUGCUACUUGGAAGGUCGGCCGGACGAUCCAUUAUUGGUAGCACCGCUCUUUGACUGAGUGGCGCUCUACCACUCUAGAGCAUGUUUGCGGUUUCUACGAGAGAUGAGAUCGAUCACAUUUCAAUUUAUGCUACACAUAUCGAAUAUAUGUACAGUUUAGAUGUC